CCUGUAUGAUCAGGUGUGUUCGAGCAAACACAUCCUACCUUGCGAAUCACCCGUGAACUCCCGCCUGCCACACACGUAGAGUAAAAGAACUAUGGAAGAGCUGCAGAAACUGCAGAAGCUGCAUAGCAUGAUUGAAAGGAUGCAAUCUUUCGGAAUCAUCGGCUCUUCCGAAAAACACGAUUCCAACGCUCUUCGUUUUCUCGCCAACUUCGCCCUCCUCUUGGUCGAAGAAGGAUGCGAGCUUGAUAUUGAUACGAAAUGCCUACUCAUUCUUCAACACCUUCCAAGGAUCUCUCCCGAGUUCUUUGAGGAAGCAUCAAAGUGCAUCUCUGGGGAAGGUUCUCUUCCGAAGCCAAUGGUUCAAGACAUCCAAAAUUCUGCGUCCCUUUGCUCUAAUGAUGAGAAGGUGAGCCCCGAUCGGAAACAAUGGGAUUUCAGAGAUGUUGCUUUAAUCAGUAUGGAUGAUAUUCUACACGCUAAUUCUACAUUAGAAGACUUUUGUAGGUCAUACUUUAUGUUUCACGGAAUUGAUGCACACCAGCCUCAAUCGAUAUUCAAAUACCUACCGAUUCUAUCAUUCACUGAAAGUUUUAUCUAUCAGUUGGAUAAAUUAAAUGAAAAGUUUCUGCGGCCACCAUGGAGGCAGAAUACCAUUUUAUGCAACAAACCUUGUGGGGGAGGUGAUCAAAGCUUGCCUCUAAAACCUGUCAGCAUCACAUCUGAUGCAUUUGAGCCACUAGUUAACAUUCUUGAUCUUCAAGGGCUUUUGACAGAUAGGAUAAGUGAAGAAUUGAGGAACGGAAUUGAGUACUGGUCCCUUGAAAUGAAGCUAUGCAAUGCCCUUGCAAGCAAAUCGGAGGUAUAUGUUACAGAUGUCAUGCGGGCUGUUCAAUUGAAGUCAUUUGAUUAUCGAGUGCUGAAUCUUUUACUGUAUCAACUGCGUGGAGAAAAGCUGUUUUCAAGGUGAAUGAGUUGCAUAUGGAGUUCUUGUCGAUUUCGGAGUUCCUUGUAGAGAUAUCUGAUGACCUUGUCUCUAAUGAAUGAGUGGAUGAUGUCGUCCUAGGUUUGACUAUGAGGAUGAUGUAUUAGAAAACAGUUUCAAUAUAUUGCGGAUGUUUGUCCAAAUUUAUGGAGCUACUGCUGCACCACCGAUCCUGGCAAAACACAUAACAGAAGCAGAAGCAAAGUAUGGCAGCCUUUUGGAAGCUUUAGGUCCUGAAUUAUCUGUAGGCUAUAAAAAAAGAUGUGAAGAAGCUACUAAAGAAGGCGGGAAGAAAGGCGGCCCCCCUCUUGGAACAUGGUGCAUACCUCGUGUGAUUGAAGAUGAGGAUCUGUAUAGGUCCACUGUUUCAAGUCCCAACCAAGCCUUAAAAGCAACAAGAUGUCACAGUUGUUAGGCUUGCACCAAUAUUACAGAUUGAGAAUUACUUCACUUUCUGAUUUUUCCUUUGCACUUUAUGCUCAAUUAAGAAAACAAUUUGAGCGCUGGUAAAAAAAAGACCCACAUUUAUUCUAAAAUUGCAGAAAUUAAAUUUAGCCGUAGUUCAUAAUAAAGUUUAAUUAAAAGUAG